CGGAGUGGUUUGCGGCGUGACACCGGAGCUCGUUUCGGAUUGGCACUUGUGAAGAGAGGCCCAUGUGGUGAAUGAGCGGGCCAGAAACUUCAGCACUUUACAAAGGUUUCUCUUGAUAGAUUUGUCACCUGUAUGUUGGUGUAGCCAGAGAGAAGAAGAUGUUGUUGGAAGCGCUGGACGGAGAAGAAACGGCUUUCUUUACAGCCGCUGCCGCCUCUGUGCAGGUUCAAGUGGAACCUGUGGGCCGCUGGUUCGAGGCCUUCGUGAAGAGAAGGAACAGGAGUACAUCUACCUCCUUCCAGGAGCUGGAGGAGGAGGAAGAGUCCUCAGAGGAAGAGGAGGAUGAGGAGUUUCAGCUGGAGGAGUAUCCCAUGCUCCGCACGCUUGACCCCAAAGACUGGAAGAAUCAGGAUCACUACUCUGUCCUCGGGCUGCCACACUUGAGGUACAAAGCCACGCAGAAACAGAUCAAAGCUGCCCACAAAUUAAUCGUGUUGAAGCAUCAUCCUGACAAGAGAAAAGCUGCUGGGGAGCAGAUCGUAGAAGGAGACAACGACUACUUCACCUGUAUCACUAAAGCUAUCGAAACCCUAUCAGACCCGAUGAAGAGGAGAGCCUUCGACAGUGUCGACCCCACCUUUGAAAACGCCGUGCCUUCAAAGAGCGAAGGCAAAGAGAACUUUUUUGAGAGUUUUGCUGCAGUUUUUGACAGAAAUGCCAGAUGGUCUUCUAAAAAGCACGUGCCCAAACUUGGAACCAUGGAGUCCUCUUUUGAAGACGUCGAUAAUUUUUACUCUUUCUGGUACAACUUUGACUCAUGGAGGGAAUUCUCGUACCUGGAUGAAGAGGAAAAGGAGAAAGCUGAAUGUCGAGAUGAGAGGAGAUGGAUCGAGAAGCAGAACCGAGCCUCCAGAGCUCAGAGGAAAAAGGAGGAGAUGAACAGAAUACGAACACUAGUUGAUACGGCGUACAGCUGUGACCCUAGAAUAAAGAAAUUCAAAGAAGAAGAAAAAGCCCGGAAAGAGUCUGAGAAGAAAGCCAAAGCUGACGCCAAGAAGAGAGAGCAGGAAGAGAAGGACAGGAUUCGACAGGCGGAGCUGGACGCGGCUCGUUUGGUGAAGGAGAAAGAGGAAGAGGAGGCCAAACAGUUAGCUCAGCAGGCCAAGAAAGAGAAAGAGAUCCAGAAGAAAGCCAUAAAGAAGGAGAGGCAGAAACUCAGGACCACCUGCAAGAACUGGAACUACUUUGCUGACGAUGAAACAGACAGUGUGAAAAUGAUGGAGGAGGUGGAGAAGCUCUGUGAUCGACUGGAGCUGGCGAGUCUGCAGUCUCUGAAUGAAAUCCUGGCCUCAGGCUCCAAAGAGGACAGCAAGACCGCGGUGGAUACUCAGGUGCAGGAGGUGAACGCUCAGCUGCAGAAGGAGCGGGAUGCCGAGAUCCAGGCGAGGCAGGCGGCCCGCAGCACUGAGCAGGCCAGCGGGGGAGGAGGAGGAGGAGGGAAGGGCUGGAACGAGGAAGACCUCCAGCUGCUCAUCAAAGCUGUUAAUCUGUUUCCUGCUGGAACCAACGCCAGGUGGGAAGUUAUUGCCAACUACAUGAACCUGCACUCCACCAGCGGCAUGAAGAGGACCGCCAAAGACGUCAUCAACAAAGCCAAGAACCUGCAGAGGCUCGACCCGCUACAGAAAGACGAGAUCAACAGGAAAGCCUUUGAGAAGUUCAAGAAGGAACACUCUUCAGUUCCCCCAACCAUCGACAACGCUCUGCCCUCAGAGAGGUUUGACUCCGCUGGUGGUGAAAGCAACGCCGCCCCCUGGACCACAGAGGAACAGAAGCUUCUGGAACAAGCCCUUAAGACCUACCCAGUCAGCACAGCUGAGAGGUGGGAGAAGAUCGCUGCUGCCGUCCCAGGAAGAAACAAGAAAGACUGUAUGAAGAGGUACAAGGAACUGGUGGAGAUGGUCAAAGCCAAGAAGGCUGCACAGGAGCAUGUGGCAGGAAAGAGUAAAAAAUGACAAGAACCACAAAGAAUAGUAUUCUGUGUUAUUUUAACAUUAUUGUGUUGGUCUUUAUUUUAUAAUAAAAUUAAAGGAGGAAAAAUACUACAA